AUCCAUUGUGCAAUCACAGCAGCGUAAUUCCGCCUAAAAUUAAAACUUACACCCGCCUUUUUCCACACUUGCCUCUGGAGAUCUACAGCCAAAGGUCAGAAAUAUGAAUGAACUGCGCUUUGAAGACAUCAACGUAUACGAAUAGCCCGCUUUCUGCGCUCGAAGCUCUCAUUGGUCCGCCGUUGUUGUUGCCACAGUGAUAGUAUAGUAACCCAGUUGUAACCCCGCCCUUUUCGCCAUAUAUGGCACAACAACACCCACUAGGCGAGCUGUGAUUGGCCAAGGUAAGUUCUCUCCAGUGUUUGUAAAUUGUAGCCGGGGAACACUGCUGUGUGGGUCUCUCAGCGCGCAAAUGUCGUACUUUUUAAUGUUGAUAAACAUUUUUCGCUUUGACUUUAUUUGAAAGUUACUGGCCUUGAGAAACAGCGGUACAGAAAAGCGCGGUGAGCUCUGGAUCCUCUCAGUCGAACAAGGCAAGAAGACAGCUCGCUAUCUAGAAUGGUCCUCAGUCAGAUGGACGCCGGUAAAGCCUUGACCGCGGCAGCAGCCAACGGGAACACCAGCGAGGUGCAGAGGAUCCUGGAGGAGUACAGGGUGCAUCCCGACACUCUCAAUGAAUUUGGCAGGACUGCCUUGCAGGUGAUGAUGAUGGGGAACUCCAAAGUAGCCACUUUAUUGUUGGAAUAUGGAGCGGACCCUAACAUCCAGGACAAACAUGGGAUAGCGCCAGUCCACGAUGCGGCCCGGACAGGAUUCCUGGACACUCUGAGGGUCCUGGUCGAGUACGGUGCGUCGGUGAACAUCCCGGAUCAGAGUGGUGCACUUCCCAUCCAUAUUGCCAUCCGGGAGGGCCACCGGGAUGUGGUGGAAUUCUUGGCACCGCGAUCCAACCUGAAGCAUGUCAACACCAGCGGUCAGACGGCGGUAGAUGUGGCCCGAGCCUCAUGUGUGCCUGAUAUGAUUGACUUGGUGUUCGCUCAUGUUCAUAGUUAAUCAGUUUUGUAGGUGCGGUCAUCCUUCUGGGUAACGCUUCCCCCAAUACUCUUCUCUUCAAACCUGGUGACUUGAAUUCAUUGCUGUGUAAAGGAUUAUUUGUUUUUAUUAUAGUGGCUCAACAUUAAUAUUUGACGAUACUGAGUGUAUUGUCUCGGCAGCUUAUUUUCAGUGGAUGGGUGGAAAUGUACACACCUCUUUUGCACAGUGCAAUUUAGGCACCUUAUAUGUAACUCUUUUCCCUGUGGAUUGGGAGUGCACAUCUGUAGAUAGUUUUUUUCUCUCCAGUGUUUUGUUACGAUUGCAUUAUUAUUUCUCAUUGUGUAAAAAUUUUAACUGUUGAUAUUUGUGUUUUUUAAAUUUUUACAAAACUUGAUAUGGUGCACCCUAAUUGCUUUGCAUAGUUGUGUUACUCUUGAUUAGAUGAACUUAGACUUUGAAUCAACUCCUAUUUAUUUUUUGGAAUAGACCUUAAUAUUCCUGUGACUUUGUAAAUAGCUACAUUUAUUGUGAACUGUUGAAAUGUUAUUUAUAUAAAUACUUUUUAAAAAGUGAAAGUAUUUCCUAUUGGAGGACGGAAACACAAAAUAAAGUGUUGAACUU